GCCGUGACUCUGAUGCAUCACAUCGGAUGGCCCUUGGAUAGCGGCAGCAGCGAGCACCCGGACAUCAGCUCCAUCAAGCGUCAGAUCCAGAAUGUCACCCACGAGAUGGAUAUGUGCUACAGGAAGAUGGGCAGCCUCUUCCACUGUGGUUCCCACCAGACGCUCUUUGCCAAUCAGCUGAUGCGCUAUGCAGACCUCUAUGCUGCCUCCUUCAUCAGCUUCCUCCUUCCCCCAUCAGAUAGAUCUGUGCAUUUUGAAGCAGAAGAUGGAAGUGGAAAGUAAUCAGAACUGUGAUGGAAGUGGAAUGUGUCCCUGUUAAAACAGUCUCUGAGCUGCUGAUAGCUUUGGAUCCAGAGGCAAGCAAAGAAAGCCUGUGUGUGUGUGCAAAUUACCUAGCUGAUGGGGGAAGGAGGAAACUGCCCUUUGCAGCACAAAGAACCUGAGAAUAAUAAAUACAUCUGGUCAGAAAACAAGCUACUAGAAGACUCAGAUUAUGGCCCUCCAGAAAAGGGAGGUGAAAAAACAAGUCAAGCCUGAAAAUAAGGAGAACAGGUUAACCCUAAGUUGUGUGUGUGUGUGUGCAGGAACUAUAUAGCGUGCAGAAAUGGGAGGGGAAAGGAUGUGACAAACUUGCUGAGGCUUGUGUAAUCUAGAGUGUGAUGGGUUGUCACCCCGGGGUGCAGUCUGGGGGCUUCUGGGAACCGCUGUGCCCUCUAACCCUCAAGCUGGGCUGGCCGUUCUCACACUGCUUUGCUGGAGAUUCAGCCAGCCUCUUCAGGCCCUGUUAUCACCCAACACAACAGCAGGUGGCGCCAUGCAUCCAACUAAGCUACCUGAGUGCUUUACCUAAACCACUCAAGGAGAGAGAGAAACCAAAAGC